AUCCGAGGAGAAAACACCUGUUACUGACGGAGCAAGUGGAGGGAGAGAAGCGUGUCGCUUUCUGUAGUGCUAUACACCUGACUGCACUUAGUCCACUGGCCUGCACAUCCCACUGUCUGGUGGGACCAUGUGGGUUCUGGAUAAGAUCCGUGGUUCGGUGGAGACUGGUGUUCUGCGACAGGGAGAGAACGGAGACAAAAAAGGCGUUGCUCCAGCCUACAGCAACGUCCUCACCCCUGACAAGAUCCCAGACUUUUUCAUUCCUCCAAAGCUGGUCAGUUGCCCCCCAGAGCCUGAGAUUCCUAAUGUGAAGCCCAAAGAGGGGCUGCAGCCGUCCACGUCAGAGCAAACUAUCGGCAGUGGGAAGAAGAUCAGCAGCCCAAGAAGUCCACGUCUGGUGGCCAAGAUUGCGGGAGACACUAAGAACUUGUUGAGAGCAGCAAACCGCCACAUCAUACAGAUAGAGAGUGCUGAUGAUGUUGUGGCUGGAGACACAAAUGCAGACCCCCAGUCGCAGACAGCUAUGUCCCUGCCUUACGUUCCCAAGACUCAGACAUCUUAUGGUUUUGCAACGUUGAAGGAAAGCCCCCACACUCGCCGAAAAGAGUCGCUGUUCCACUGCGAACUUACCAGUCCCAUCACCUCCCCAAACACCCAGAGGAAGAUCCCCGGGAAAAGCGAAGCAGGAAACCACCUGAAUCCAGCUGACUUCAGCGCCUCUCACAUGAAUCCUUAUCGAUACUUCAGCGGUGGUGAAAGUGACACCUGCUCCUCGGCUGAGUCCUCUCCCUUCAGCUCUCCCCUGCUCUCCCGCUCAGCAUCUCUGCUCAAGAUCUUCACCCACGAGACGCAGGCCAAAGUCGUGAAAGCCAAGCGGACGUUCGCUCGCCACAGCUCCCUCUCCACCGAUGAGUGCAGCUCGGCCGAGCCCAGCCCCAACAUCCAGAGACGCCUCCACGUCCCCUCCCUCCACGGAGCUGGAGCGUCCGACCACGGCCUCCAUCGAGAGCACACCAUCAACCUGCACAAAGGCGGUACGGUGAGGAUCAGCGCCAACUACGACUCAAGCACCUCCCGCCUGCUGAUCCGCGUCCUGGCAGCAGAGAGUCUUUACGACAAGCACUUUGACAUCAAGAGCAUCAACUGCUGUGUGUCCGUCUACCUGAACCCAGGCAAGCUGCAGAAGCAAAGGAGCAACAUCAUCAAGAACAGCCGCAAUCCAGUCUUCAACGAGGACUUCUUCUUUGACUCAAUAAGCUCGGUUCAGGUGAAGAACCUGUCGGUGAAGUUCAAGGUGGUGAACAAAGGCACCAGCCUCAAGAGGGACACACUGCUGGGAGAGCGAGAGGUGCAGCUGACAAAGCUGCUCUCAGGCCUUUAA